AUGACUGAAGCAGCUGCCAACGACACCCCUGGCAGCUUCGAUCUCGAACAAGCCAGGGCUGCGCUUACCUCGUCGUCCACUACUGCCCGGAUCGCCCAAUUGCGGGGAGUUGACGAGAAGCUAUCGCAAAAGGCCCUCGAUAGGACAGCGACCCUCGGUACCCUCAAGGUACUCUUCUGGACACAUGCCUUCUAUACCGACCGACCGUCCCGACAAGCAGUUCAGAAGUGCCUGAUCUCGCUUUGCCAAAUAGGAGAUGCCGACAUUCUCGCGCCCUUGAUUGCUGCAGUCCGACAGGAGACACAGAAACAAGGCAUUGCGCCUGACAGUGCCUUUGUGCUGGUAGAGUGGUGCAGCCUGUUGAUGCAGCACCUCGCGGGUACGCCGUUGUGGGACAAGUUCGGCAAAGAUGUUAUUCUGGCUACGGCGGACGGUCUGGACAAAUGCUUGCAGCCCACAGCAAAGGGGACAGUAGGCUCGUCGGCUCUGGUCAUAACAAGGCGGGGUCUCCGGAAGCUGGCCUCAGCGGACCAAAAAGGGAUUGACGCCGCCAUCCAACUCCUAGCCGCCAAAGGAAGCCAACCUGCUGCCAAGAAUGCGCCUCUUCUGGGGGCUAUUGCCGGCGUUUGCUCUCGCAAGCCAGAGGUGAAACCCGUGGUUGACGGGCUAAAGGGCCAGUACUUUGCCUUCUACAUUCGCGAAAUCGUUGGGUCACGGACACCGGUACCUGCCCAUCUUGCAAAUGGCCUCGCAGAUUUCUUUUCUGCCUUCGCCUUGCUUGAGGAUCUCGAGAAGGAGGUUUUCCCGGCGCUGGAGAAGGGCCUACUGAGAGCUCCUGAGGUGGUGCUGAACGACCUGAUCACACCCCUCGUGCGCUCUGUGUCUCAAUUUGACCUGUCCAAGGCCCUGAGCGGACGCUUCAUCAAACCGUUACUAUCCAACAUCAAAUCAUCUAAUGCCAUCAUCCGCAGCGGCGCCGUGACGGCUUUUAGAGCGAUUGCGUCCAGCUGUCAAGACCCCACCCUGCUAGAACCGGUUGCCGACGAAGUUCUUGGGCCUCUAAAAUCCGGCAAGCUUGCCUCCGCCGACCACAGAGUUCUUCAUUCCGAGAUGCUAGCGUCCCUGCCUGCGUCAAAAGGGAUCGCAACCAAGGUUGCGGCGGGACUUCCUGCCUUAGUCGGCAAGGAGGCAAACGAGGCGGCCCUGACUGCCGAGACUCUGGCUCUGAACGCCAGUGCCACCACUCUUCUACGCGAUUCUGAGGUUCCAAAGCCACUCCUAGAUGCAUACGCGAAAGGCCUAGCGGAUAAGAAGCCACCAGUACGGCGGAUCUGGAUACUUCGUGCUGGAGAUCUGCUACAGACCUUUGCUGAAGAUGCCCAAGGGGAUCUGCCCAAGGGGGUAGUAGCCUUUGCUGAAGCCACUGUUCCGCCCCUCCUAACUGCGUUCAAUGAGGUCACCGCAAACCCGGUGACCGCGGCACAGAGCGGGCUUGUCACGGGGGCGCUAGUUGUCUGUGGUCUUGGACCUCUUCUUAGUCACCUCAAGAACGCCGGCGUACAAUCACUGGUGAAGAAAGCAUCCAUACAAAAGAACAGUUUGGCGGUAGACCCGAAACCUUCGUUUCUGCUUAAUCAACGGAUAUACAGCAAAUUCACGGGAGAUGACCUCGAGUGGUUCUGCCGUGCUCUCUCCGCAAUAGUUCCUGCACUCGGCGCAAGCUCGGAUGCGGUCAAGGUCGCGUGGGCUCAGGCUUACAUCUACCUUAUUUGCUCGACAGUCUCGUCUCCCGCUGUGCGCCGACAGGCCACUCAGGCACUUUCUGGUAUCUGUGCUCGCAAUACAGGCUCUGAAGGGCUCUCUGUUGCCUCAGAGAUCAUCAACGGAUUAUGGCAUUGGGUCGAAGCCACAGAAACAGCUGAGAAGGAGAGCGCGGCGGUCUUGGCCAAAUCUGGGAAUUCCAACCUUCACCUUGUACUCAGGUCUAUCUGCCUUACCCCUCAGGAGUUUGCAAACCGAGCCGGCUCUGGUGUGGAUAAGGCCCCGCUCGAAAGUCAAAUGUGCUCUCUCCUCGUACUUGCUAAACCACAGCUCAUCCCUCGGGCGAGCUGGAUCGAUCUCUGCUUGCGGGUUGAACUCGACCCUGGCGAGUUGGCACGGAAAUACGAGGAGCCCUUGAUUCAGGAGAUUGUCAGGCGAACCGAGUUCGGGCAAAGGACACAGUCCGAGUCCGCCAAAACCGCGGCUUACAGCGCCGCUGCGGAGCUCGUGUUUGUCGCCCCUGAAACCAUGACCCCGCGCAUUGUUUCUCUCCUCCAAGAAGACCUUGACGCUACCCAGGUGCAAACAGUUGGCCCUCUUGAGGCUGCCAUCUUCCGCACCCCUGAAGGGACGGCGUUCGUGGAUGUCCUUGCGAAGAAGCAAAAUGUCGUCCCAAAUAAAAACGUCAAGGACUACGACACGUUGAAGUGGGAAGAGGAACUCAGGGCACAGCUGGCUCAGAAGAAGGGCACGCAAAAGAAGCUCACCGCGGACGAAACUGCAAAGGUCAACGCCCAACUCAAGAAGGAGGGCGAGAUUCGUGAGAACGUCCGUCAAAUCGCUGCCAAGUUGUUGCGCGGCUUCGGCAUUGUCAAGGCUCUCGCGACCGGCCCGCCUUCAGAUGCCAGCCGCUGGAUGGGUUCUGCUGUUGAGACUACUCUGGCAUCUAUCAACGCGGGAGCGUCGCUAAUCACAGCCGAGACUGGGCCGAUGGCGUUCAUUUCCUGCGCGGACCAGGUGACUUCGCGUCUAGGAACCAUUCGCCCAUUCAUCGGAGCUGCCACCUUGCGCGCCCACGACGUCUCUGCACUCCCGGAUUUUCUAACUCAAGAACCGUUUGAGGAUGUAGUCACGAGAGUGCUCUACCGUCUUCGCUUUGCCGGCGAACAGCGACCCUUUGACCCCGUCACUCUCAUCUAUAUCCUGCCGCUUGUUUUGCUAGUUCUUGAGAGAGGAGGCUUUGGUGCAAACGCCGAUGACCGAGAUGCCCAGUUGGUGCUCGCCAUCGAGGUCCUCUCUUUCCACACCAACGUUGCGGCAGAUGAGGUCAUUCCGCGCGGCGAAAUUCUCUAUGCCCUGAUCUCGUCGAUGGAAAAGUACAGUCGGCAUUACAAGAUCAUCAAGGACUGUUUCUCUGACAUGGUGCGCUGCGUCGCUCCCAAUAUCACCGUUGAAGAGACCGGCGUCCUAUCGCGUGGUACCAUCGUCCCCAAUGCCAGCGUGCGGACCGCAGUGCUGCAAGCAAUCAGCGCCGAGGUCGACAUGAGCGAGGCGGGUGUAUCGGAAGAGAUCUGGCUUGCGUGCCACGACGACAUCGAGGAGAACGUGGAUCUCGGCCGCGAGAUCUGGGAGGAGAGCGAGUUCCAAACAUCAGAGGACCUUGCACUUAAGAUGCUGCCCUAUCUGGGGAGCAAGGACACCCAGCUUCGGCGUGCCGCUGCCAAGUCUUUGGCAGAGAUAGCCAGCGAACACCCUGCCGUUAUCACUCCCAUCCUUGAAGAGCUCCGAUCAUCAUAUGUCGAACUAGCUAAGCCGCGCGUUCAGCAGCUAGACGAGUUCGGCAUGCCAAAGAAGAUGGACCUGUCGGAUCCUUGGGAGGCGCGGCACGGAAUCGCCAUGGCCUUCAGGCAUCUCGCUUCUCACCUGGAGAAGUCGCAACUAGAGCCCUUCUUCAACCUCCUCAUCGAACAAGGCCCGCUCGGAGACAAGAACGCAACUGUGCGUGCCGAGAUGCUCGACGCCGCCAACACCGCCAUCGAGGUCCAUGGCAAGGGUAUCUUGGACCGGCUCAUGAAGACGUUCGAGAAGACCCUGGAAGCGCCUGACAAGCACUCGGAGGCUGCCGACCGCGUCAACGAGGCCGUCAUCAUUAUGUACGGUGCACUCGCGCGCCAUCUGAAGCCUGGUGACAAGAAGAUCCCCGUUGUUAUUGAACGCCUCCUUGCAACUCUAAGCACGCCGUCCGAGGCAGUGCAAUACGCCAUCGCAGAAUGCCUUCCGCCUCUGGUUCGGACCUGCGGCGACAAGACGCCCAAGUACUUUGAUCAAGUCAUCGAAACGAUGCUGACGUCCAAGAAAUACCCUGAGCAACGCGGAGCGGCCUAUGGUCUGGCAGGUCUGGUGCUUGGCCGAGGUAUCAGUGUCCUAAGAGAAUACCGCAUCAUGAUCACCCUCAACAGCGCUCUGGAGAACAAGAAGGAGAUCAACCAGCGGGAAUCUGCCAUGCUGGCUUAUGAGCUUCUGUCCACCAUCCUCGGCCGCCUUUUUGAGCCGUACGUGAUUCAAAUCGUGCCACAGCUGCUCUCUGGCUUCGGCGACGGUAACGCCGAUGUUCGUGACGCCGCUUUGGCAGCAGCGAAAGCAUGUUUCGCGUCACUGAGUUCGUACGGCGUCAAACAAAUCUUACCGACACUGCUAGACGGUCUCGACGAAGACCAAUGGCGCAGCAAAAAGGGGGCGUGUGACACACUCGGUGCCAUGGCCUACCUUGACCCUCAGCAACUUGCUCAGAGCCUGCCGGAAAUUAUCCCGCCGCUGACAGCUGUGUUGAAUGACAGUCACAAGGAGGUGCGGUCCGCCGCGAACAAGAGCUUGAAGAGAUUCGGCGAGGUCAUCACCAAUCCAGAGAUAAAGGGCCUCGUCGACAUCCUCCUCAAGGCACUCAGUGACCCAACGAAGUAUACCGACGAAGCUUUGGAAUCGCUUAUUAAGGUCCAGUUCGUGCAUUACCUCGAUGCCCCUUCCUUGGCCCUUGUCAGCCGCAUCCUCCAACGCGGCCUCGGGGACCGGUCCAACACCAAGCGCAAGGCUGCCCAAGUCAUCGGCAGCUUAGCGCAUCUCACAGAGCGCAAGGACCUCGUUGCGCACUUGCCGGUGCUUGUGGCCGGCCUCAAAACCGCUGUUGUCGACCCGGUGCCCACCACACGUGCGACUGCCUCUCGUGCUCUCGGAUCCCUCGUGGAGAAACUCGGCGAGGACGCGCUGCCAGAUCUUAUUCCUGGCCUCAUGCAAACCCUCAAGUCCGACGCUGGUGCUGGCGACAGACUCGGUUCUGCCCAAGCACUCAGCGAGGUUCUGGCCGGUCUGGGUACAUCACGGCUGGAGGAAACGCUCCCUACCAUCCUACAGAACGUCGAAUCUACCAAGCCGUCCGUUCGCGAGGGUUUCAUGUCGCUCUUCAUCUUCUUGCCCGUUUGUUUCGGCAACAGCUUUGCCAACUACCUCGGCAAAAUUAUCCCACCGAUCUUGUCUGGCCUUGCAGAUGAUGUCGAGACCAUCCGCGAGACGGCGCUUCGGGCUGGUCGGCUUCUGGUCAAGAACUUUGCUGUGCGUGCAGUCGACUUGCUUCUCCCCGAACUCGAGCGUGGUAUGGCCGACGACAGUUAUCGCAUCCGUCUCAGCUCAGUCGAGCUGGUGGGAGACUUGCUCUUCAACCUUGCGGGCAUCAAGGCCAAUGACGAGGAGGAAGAGGAAGACGAGGACCAAGAGGUUACCAGAGAAGCCGGCGCGUCUCUGCGCGAGGUUCUGGGAGAAGAGAAACGGAACAAGAUUCUCUCCGCAUUGUACGUCUGUCGCUGCGAUACCGCCGGUGCGGUGCGGGCUGCUGCCGUUGGCGUCUGGAAGGCCCUGGUCCACAGCCCGCGUAUGCUCAAGGAGCUGGUCCCUACACUCACCCAGCUCAUUAUCAGGCGUCUGGGCAGUUCCAACAUGGAGCACAAGGUUAUCGCCAGCAAUGCCCUCGGCGAGCUCAUCCGCAAGGCGGGCGACGGCGUCCUGGCUACGCUCCUUCCUACGCUCGAGGAAGGUCUACAAACCUCACACGACGUGGACGCAAAGCAGGGCAUCUGCCUGGCUCUCAAGGAGCUUAUCUCGUCUGCCUCGCCAGAAGCCCUCGAAGACCACGAGAAGACACUUAUCUCAGUCGUGCGCACAGCCCUUACGGACUCGGACACCGACGUCCGCGAGGCCGCGGCCGAAGCGUUCGACUCGCUGCAGCAAAUCCUGGGCAAGCGGGCCGUCGACCAAGUCCUACCUUUCCUCCUCAACCUCCUCCGCUCCGAAGAAAACGCGAACAAUGCCCUCGCUGCUCUCCUCACCCUACUCACCGAGGCUACACGCUCCAAUAUUAUUUUGCCGAACCUCAUCCCGACCCUCAUUACGCCUCCCAUUUCGGCUUUCAACGCCAAGGCGUUGGCGUCGCUGUCCAAGGUUGCUGGUGCUGCUAUGAACCGCCGGCUACCGAACAUCAUCAACUCGCUCAUGGACAACAUCGUCAACUGCACCGAAGAGGAGCUACGACAGGAUCUCGAUACCUCGUUCGACACUGUCAUUCUGUCCAUUGAUGAGUACGACGGCCUCAAUGUGGUGAUGAAUGUACUACUACAGCUCAUCAAGCACGAGGAUCACCGCAAGCGGGCCGCAACAGGCCAUCAUCUUGCCAAGUUCUUUGCGGCAUCCGAUGUGGACUACUCGAGGUACAACCAAGACAUCAUUCGUGGCCUGCUCAUUUCGUUCGAUGACAGGGAUGCGGAGGUUGUCAAGUCGGCAUGGAGCGCCCUCCACGAGUUCACGAAGCGGCUCAAGAAGGAAGAGAUGGAGGCCCUCGUCCAGUCUACGAGACAAGCGCUCUUGCACGUCGGUGUUGCAGGCCACAACCUGCCCGGCUUCGAACUUCCCAAGGGCAUCAACGCUAUUCUGCCCAUCUUUCUGCAAGGUCUCAUGAAUGGCACAGCGGACCAAAGAGUAUCAGCUGCCUUAGCCAUCUCGGACGUUGUCGACAGAACCAGCGAGGCCUCUCUCAAGCCCUUCGUCACGCAGAUUACUGGUCCGCUCAUUCGUGUGGUCUCGGAGCGCUCUACCGAGGUCAAGUCAGCUAUUCUUCUCACCCUCAACAACCUGCUCGAGAAGAUGCCCACGGCGCUCAAGCCCUUCCUGCCGCAGCUGCAACGCACGUUCGCCAAGUCGCUCGCCGAUACUUCCAGCGACGUUUUGCGCAGCCGGGCUGCCCGCGCACUUGGCACACUCAUCAAGUUUACGCCGCGUGUCGACCCCCUCAUUGCUGAGCUGGUGACUGGGUCUAAGACGACAGAUGCCGGUGUGAAGACGGCCAUGCUCAAGGCGUUGUACGAGGUCAUUAGCAAGGCGGGCGCCAACAUGGGCGAGAGCUCGCGUACCGCCGUUUUGGGGUUGAUCGACACCGAGACCGACGAACGCGACACCGCCAUGACUGUGACCAACGCCAAACUGUUUGGUGCGCUUGUCAAGAACGUGUCGGCCGACGUGGCGACGAACCUGCUUAAGAACCGAGUCAUGACGCGCGACUUCAGCAACUCAAGCGUCCUGGCCCUGAACGCCGUGCUCCUUGAGAGCGCGGACACCUUGCUGGACUCGCCCCUGGCCGACGACCUGCCCGACCUGCUAUGCCAGGGGAUGGAGAGCAAAGAUCCCUUCAUCGUCGACAACUUCAUCGUAGCAACAGGCAAAUACCUUCUCAGCGACGCACCCAAACCAUUCGAGAGCACCAAAGCCAUCUUCACGACCCUGGCACAAACCAUCCCGCCCGGCGGACCGACCGACUCACGCCGCUUGGCACUCGUCGUCACGCGCACGCUCGCGCGCGCCCACCCGGACAUGGUGCGCCCGCACCUCGGCAUGCUCGCUCCGCCGGUGUUCGCCUCGGUCCGCGACGUCGUCAUCCCCGUCAAGCUGGCCGCCGAGGCCGCCUUCGUGCAGCUCUUUGCCGUCGCCGACGAGGAGGCCAAGGUGUUCGACAAGUGGGUGGCGGCUGCGGCCGACUUGCAGCCCAACACCAAGCGCAGCAUGCAGGACUACUUCAAGCGCGUGGCGCUGAGGCUGGGCGCGCAGGUGCGGGAGCGGCGCGAGGCCGAGGGUGGCGCCGGCGGGUUGGGGCUCGCGAAUGAUGAGGUGGAGGAUGAGAAGGAGAUUAUGGCUGUGGGGAAGGUCGAUGUGGGCGGGGAUGUGUUUUCCGCGGAGUAG